AACCCUAGCCCGCACUCCCUGCGCUCCCUUGCCCGAUCCACCUCCCUCUCCCCUUGUUCGAUCUCUCCCUCCAGCGCCGCCAGAGAGAGACAGCGAACAGCAGCGCCUCGCCCCGAUCCCCUUGCGCCUCUUCUUCCCUUCCUGCCUCGUCCUCAGCGCCUUGUCCCCAAGCUCGCCGGAGCAUCUCCGUUGCCGGACGAAACCCCCGCAGGAGCUCGUCGCCGCUGCCUUCCCCUCGUGCCCGUGCGCCUUCUCCAUGAGAUCGGAGCCCCUCAUGCCCGGGCGUCUCCGUCGACCCUGCCGUCGGUCGGCGACCUCGUCGUCGGAGCCCCGCGCCAAGACCGCUCCUCGCCAUGGCCCUCGCGAGUUUCCUCCCGUGCCGCCUCUCCUCCUGCUUCUCCUCGUCGCCACCAACCCGCCUCGACCUCACCGCGGGCAGCAGUAGUUGCUGCUGUACCCUUGCGCUGCGCCCUCGUCCCGAUUCCCUCAUCUGUGCGCCAAGUCCCUCGUCCGCUGCUGCUCUGCUCCGCUCCGCCGCCACUGCUCCGUCCAGCAAGCGCGCCUCCGGCUGCCGCAACCUCUGCCUCGUCCCUCCAUUCGGCCUCAACCGCCGGAGACACGCCGCCUCCCCGCCACGGCGCCGCGCCCCUGUUCGUCGUCGUUGUCACCAUGAGCCCCGUGCCCACUUCUUGUCACUGCUCGCGCACCGCCCGCGUUGCUGCUGCCACUGGAUCACCGAGACCGAUCCUCCGAGGAACCCCGUGUUCAACUACACUAUGAGCGGCAAGUACCACUACGACGGUGUUCGACUACGUGGAUUCACCAAGUAUUUCUUCGGUUACACCAAGUUGACUACACUGCGAGACCCGUACCCGGACCGUCAAUCUUCUCCGAGAAUUUUGCCAAGUACCACGACAUCCGGAGCCCCGGAUACACCAAGACCGUCCCGGAUAACGUCAAGUACAUCUACCGACGACCCCGAACAUCUACGAAAACGUGUACCACUACCGUCGCCGAAGACCCGCGUAACGGAACCGUCAAGUUCAACUACCUUCGUGUACCACUACUUCCCUCGACGAUUUUGAACCCUUCCGAAAAUGCACGCUUCGAAGCUUCGGUUUCUUUCCGGAGUUGUGAGGAUUCGUU